AUGUCGUUACUGAGACUGUGGAACAAAGAAUCAAGGGCACCAUCAAAAAUAAAGAGUCAUGGUAUUGUUGGCAGUUACGGCAACAGCAUGCUGGCCCAUAACAACGUGAAGCAAUUUCGUAUAGACAUAGACGAACCGCAUAGAGUAUGGAAACCGAAUGAAAGCAUAACCGGAGAAGCGGUCAUUGACAUAAAGAGAGACAUAACUAACGUAGCGAUCAAAUUAUCGCUAGUAUGUGAGGUUCGCGUGAAAACGGGGAACAGUCCAACCUCCAAGAAUAAGAGAAUUGAGAAAACCUUAGAGAAGUCGACGUUUCUUUAUGGACAGGACUACGUAAAGACAGCUUUUUCGGCUAAGGAAAAGAAACCGCAUGUUGACAAAACCACCAUUCUCAAUGGUUUAAGCAAGGGGGAACACAGGUUUCCCUUUAGGAUACGAAUACCACGAGGCAGAGGAAUGUUGAGCUCUAUAAAGUUCGAAAGGGGCUCGAUAACAUACUUCCUCUCUUGCACUUUAGAAUCCCUCAACAACAUCAACGGAUUAAAAAAACCGGAAGCAAGAUGCGAACGUGAGUUUGCAGUCAUAGUUCCGCUGGACGUCUCGAGGCUGCCCAAGCCGAAAACUAAGACAGUGGUUUUACAAUCAGCAUCUAUGGUCCAAAACAAAAAGAACAAAUCUACAGAGGACGAAUCCUCAUCGUAUACACAAUUAACUCAAAAGUCUACUACUUCUAAUUCUUCUAGCAGUUCAGUAAACUCCAAGACGUCCCCCUUACCAAAUAAAACGGUGACUAUAUCCGUAGACAUACCGCAGGCUGGAUUCAUGAUUGGUGAAAUUAUCCCUAUAGACGUUAAGAUUGACCACUAUAAGCCUUUCUAUGCCCCUGCGGGUCUCACCACCACUUUGGUGAGGAUAUGUAGGGUGGGCGGUGCAGGCAAAGAUGAUCCUAUGGAGACUUUCAGAAAAGAUAUAUGUCAGAGUAUCUCUCCUAUAUAUAUUAACCCUGAAACGUUGCAGUUUCAAUCUAGAGUUUAUCUGAAAGUGCCCCUUGAUGCAUUUUCGACCCUUACUACUGUGGGAAAAUUUUUCUCCUUCCAAUACUAUAUCGAGGUUAUGGUUAACUUAUCAAAAAAAAACGUGGUUUACACAGAAUCUAAUAGAAUAAUAGGAACUCCUAUUGGAGAACAAAAUGGCUUGGGCGUAGAGAAUAAUAUCAACCGUAUCCAAAGGAAAAUGCUACGUAUGGUCAAUCCAGAAACGUUGGAGAACGAUUCUGAGGGUUAUGAAUCCAGUAUAUUUUUCAAAGAUAUGGUAAAUGUGGAAAAGCUAAAGAGACUGAGGAAUGUAACUGGUAUGUCCAUAGAAACCGUCAUAGGAACGACGAGAUCCGAACAGCAGCAAUCUGAUGCAAGCAUCCCAUCCCAAUCCUCAAUCACGGCUCCUCAAAAUUCUCCAUCGAAUUUAAGAGAUUGGUUGGCCCCAUUAAAUGCAUAUGAUAGUGACGAUGUUCCAGUUCCAAAGUAUUCGCCAAAUGAUAAAGUCAGUGUACCGUCGGAAGACAAACAAGAACUUGAACAAAAAAGACUACAACAGUUAGAAAGCGAUCCUCCCCCUUGUGAUGACUAUUAA